GCAGUUGACGUCACUGUUGAUGUUGACAUCAGUUUGAUUUGAAUUCUCCAUUUCGGUUUCCCAGGAUGGAAAAUAAGUUAACUUAUCUUGAGCCUUCUUUAGAGAAGCAGUUGAAAGGACAUCGAAAUGGGAUUACAGCAUUAUAUUUUAGCCCCAACGAACAGCAAAUUGCUAGCAGUUCGUUGGAUAAUAGUGUUCUGUUAUGGGACCUUCGUGGUACUAUGAGAAGCUACCGAUUCCAAGGACACGAUGAAGCCGUUAUGGAUGUAACGUUUUCACCUUCGGGCAAGUUUAUGGCUUCCGCAUCUCGUGACAAAACAGUUAGACUAUGGGUGCCCACAGUAACAGGGAGCACUGGCAUGUUCAAGGCUCAUUCACAGACCGUGAGAUCUGUGCAGUUCAGCCCUGAUGGGACAAAGAUUAUCACAGCUUCCGAUGACAAAAUAGUGAAGACCUGGUCUACAGAUAAGCACAAAUUCAUAUCUUCUUUUGUUGGCCACACCAACUGGGUGAGGUGCGCCCGCAUCUCAGGUGAUGGAUCAGUAAUAGCUUCAUGUUCAGAUGACAAGUCUACCAAGCUUUGGAACUUGGAUAAUGGUGAAUGUAUCCACACAUAUAAGGACCAGAAAGGCCAUGGGCUCUGUCUGGCUUGGCACCCAUCAGGGUGUUAUAUUGCUGUUGGUACUUCACAUGGAAAUGUGAAGUUAUAUGAUGUACGGACACAUAAUCUUGUGCAAUAUUAUAGUAUUCAUAAUGAAGCAGUGACACAGAUAGCUUUUCAUCCCAGUGGAAGCUACAUUCUGACUUCAAGUAAAGAUGGAAAGAUGAAAAUACUUGAUUUAUUGGAAGGACAUCCAAUAUUUACUCUCAGUGGACACACUGGGCCCAUUAAUGCUGUUAACUUCUCAGCUACAGGGGAAACUUUUGCCUCAGCAGGAGAUGAUAAAUUGGUUUUCAUAUGGAAGACUAAUUUCACUGAACUGGCUGGUGACUUAAAGGAAAAUAUAGCAGACAAUGCUUCAACUAUACCCAAAACUAACUCACAAUCUUCUAAACUGACAUGUGCAUCAAAAGAUAAGAGUCAGGGCACAAGAAUUUGGUACCAAUGUUAUCACACAAAUAAGAUUCCUGCUGUUAACUUUGUCCACAUGGAUGAUGCAAGCCAGUGUAACCAAUCUGUGAGAUUGAGUUGUUUAGAAGAACCCAAUAGCAACAGUACUAUGAUUGAACCAAGAUUGUGCAGCCAAACUGAACCUUGUUUAAGAGGUUCAUAUUCAAUUGUUAGUCCAAGAAUAAAUUCUGUCAAAACUGUCCAGCCAAGGUGUCCAACAACCCGUUCAGAAUGUUCAUCUGGGGAUUGUUCUCUCAACAGUAGUGUUGGACAUGCUAGUCAUAUUCCUCGUGUCCCACCCAGCCCUGCAACUUACACAGUACCCUCAGUAAUGGAUAGGUCCACAAAGAGUGUUUUUGUUGGGGGCCAAGGCCAAGGUGACCUGUUUGGCAUGAUCAAACUUAGAGACAAUGAUGUUUGCUACACUAGUGGAAUUAUUGAGUGGGUGGGCAGGAAGAGAAGUUUCCCUUUAAACAGUGGAUUCAAAUUAAUUAAUGAGGAACUUGAUACACACCUGAAGAAAGUGAGGAAGUUGAAUGCCACUUUCAAUUGUGACUCACAAAGAGAUAAGGAUUGUGAUUGUGCUGAUGUAUUGCCCACAGUUAAUGCCAUAGUUGAUCAUUUAAAUGCUCUGCAUGAAGCUGUUGAUCUUGUGGACCUAAGACUGAACACUUUGGAGGAUGUUUUGGGCAAGGAAAGAUGUGGAAAGUAAAUAUAUUUGCAUUAAUUUUAUCUAUUAUAUGAAUAUUUAUUUUUAUGUCAUUGAUAAACUUGUUAUAAUAAAAAUGUUUUAUUAAAA